AUGGAGGAGAAGGAGUAUCUUAAUUCCGAGUUGCGUGAAAUUCUGGAACAAUUCGUGAGAAUUCGUGACACAUACGUCGCGAUGGAAACUUACUGUGAAGUACAACAAGAAGCAUUGUCGAUUGAGAAAGAGCGUUAUGAGAAGAUGAAAGAGAAUCUAGAAAAGCUUUCGAAAACUUAUUUGCUUCUCGAAAAGAGAUAUAAGACCACUGUUGAGAAAUUGCAGAAUGAAGGGAACGAUCUUCGUAAAAUGAUCGAGGAAUUGAAAAAAGAUUGCGAUGAUCUGCGUCUCAUUAAUGCAGAACGUAUUGCAAACGACGAGCAAAUGCGUGGAUUGCAAGACGAAGUGGAAUGUUUAAAAGUGCAGUUAUUAAUGCAAGAAGAGAAACAUAACGAGGAUAUUGCAUUACUGAAGCAACAACACACAGAUGAAAUACAAAGAUACAAAAUGUUGCUGCAAAACGCAAAACUGGCCCCUACUUCCAAUGAACCUAAAAAAAGAGGACGGCCCAAAAAUUCGGGAAAAAAUAAAAAAGAUACCUCGUACUUUAGAUGGCCAGAAUUGAACAUAGAGAAAAUAAAUGAUACAUAUAUGGGUUUUGAGAAGGAAAUUGUAAAUAAAAAUAUUGAAACAAAGAAAAGGAAAUUGUUCCAUGAAGACAAAGAUACCACAGUGGAUAUUGUUCAAAGUAUACACAAUUUAUCAGUUCAAAAUAUAGAAGAAAACGAGAUUAAUACAAAAUAAUUAUUGCGUACAUUACAAAUAAUAUAAAAUAUAUUAAUUUAAUCUAAAGUUAAAUUCAUUUUCAAUAAUAUUUCAGUAAAUUAAACUAAAUAUAAUUUUUGGUUCGAUUCUAAGAUUCUUAAACGAUAAACAUACUAAUGUUAAACGAUAAACAUAAAUAAAUCAAGAUAUAUCUGAUAAAAAAAAAAAAA